AUGGAAACCCAUCCAAUCAGCUGUCUCAUUCUUCUUGUUACAGCUGUUCCCUGCUACUCAAACAGUUAUGCAACAAUAGAAACCCCCUCUCUGGCUGCCUUUGUGGGGACAUGUGUGGAGAUCAAAUGUAAAGUCACUGGAGAAGUACCUGAUGAAGAUGCUCUGUGGUUCUGGAUGAAGGAUGGGACAUGGGAUGGAAGUGAAUACAGUGGCACCAUUGUCUACAGUAACAAGCCCACAGAACGCCCCGUCAGUCCACAGUUUAGAGGCCGAGUCACUUACACUGGAGCUACACGAUUAGCAAAUAGACGCUACACAUACUCCAAUAAUCCAUCAUGCAGUGUUUCAAUCUGUGGACUGACAGUACAGGACAGUGGAGUGUAUUUUUUUAGAUAUAUCUCUAAGGAGCGGACAUUUAAAUGGGAAAGUAAUAAGCCUACCCUCAGAGUCACAGAGGUGAGAGUGUCUUCACCUCAACCUCCAUAUAAACAAGGCCAGACACUUACACUCAGCUGUAAUGUGAUUCGGAGCAACCCCCCUCCACAUGAUUAUAGAUGGUAUAAAAAUGAGCAGAGAGUGUCCUGGGCUCAGACGUAUGUUAAGAAUCUGCAGCCUGAAGACAGUGGCUCUUACACAUGCUCUGCUGAAAACACUGUGUCCUCUGCACAGUCAGGACCUCUACAGAUAGAUGUUCAGUACAAACCAACGAACACCAACAUUGAAAUUGUUGGUCAAACCAGAGAAGUAGAGGAGGGUCGUUCAGUGACCUUCAAAUGUAACAGUGAUGCCAACCCUCAUCCUGGUUCAUACUAUUGGCAUAAAGACAGUAAAUAUAUUCAGUACACAGCUGCAAACCGUCUGGAGAUGGAGAAAGUGCAGAGAGCAGACGAGGGCUGCUACAGCUGCAGGGCGACCAACAAACAUGGAUCAGGAGGUCACAGCACAGCCGUGUGUAUACAGGUGUCCUAUGCUCCUCAGAAGGUGAGAGUCCAGGCUGACCCAGGUCUGAGGGUUGAAGAGAACACGACACUGACGUUACACUGCAGCUUUCAGAGCCAUCCUUCUGUGAGCUCAGUGACCUGGAGCAGGGGCCCCACAUGGCAAGGGCCCCCUGUGCACACGGGGCCCACCUUCAGAGUGAGCUCAGUCAGUGUGAACGACAGUGGCCUCUACAGCUGCACCGCACACAACCAGGUCGGACAAGGAACGUCUCCACCAGCUGAAGUUCAGGUCAUGUUUGGUCCAAAGCAGGCUGUGGUGCUGAGAGCAGAGGAGGAGCAGAGCCCUGAUGGGAGCAGCUCAGUGACUCUGAGCUGCAGCAGCCACAGCUUCCCCCCGGUCAACCUCUACACCUGGUACAGGAGGACGGAGGACGGAGUGCUCAAAGUGUCUGAGAACAUCAACUACACUGUGCUGUCCACACAGCCUGGAGUCUACUACUGCACUGCCAAGAACCAGAUCAGUGAGAGCACGUCUGAGACAGUCAGCCUCUUUCUACAGCGAGACUUUGUGAAGUACAUUUUCCUGGCUCUGGUGCCUCUGCUGAUUAUCUUAUGUGUGUUCAUUGUUUACAGACUCAAAAUAAAGAGGUCAGUUGAAGAGGAAACAACAAAAAAGUCAUGGUGGAGGAGUUGCUCGAGGACAGUGGGUCGAUGGCAUAGCUCCAGAGGCUGUUCAGAGGAUGUCCAUGCAGAGACACCCAGAACGAGAGAUGUCCCACGAUCUGAGCAGAGAGCAGACAUGAUAAACGGUACAUCCUCUGCUAAUGCUCUUUACUCCACUGUGGACCCCCCCAAAGAUAAACGGAGCCGACCUGGCACCAGUGAUCAAAACACAUGUGCAGACUCACUCUUCUACGCCUCUUUGCACUUUAACAAGAAUCCACCGACUAUGCUCCCAAAAGAAAGAGAGGAUGUCGUCUACUCCACUGUACAGAAGCAUGACGAGGAAGUGGGAGAUGUUUAUGAGAACGUUACAAAACAGGACAAUAGUUCAAAUGACAGCAGUGAGGAUGAGGUGGAUGUGAGUUACUCCAGGGUGAACUUCAGGAGAAAAGCGCGGAGCAGAGUGACCGCAGCAGAGGAGGAGUACUCUGAGCUAAACUUCUAAACAUACUUAUGAUCAAUUACAAGAAGCUUACAACAUACUGUAAAUUAAACCAGGAUGACUGUAUUCCCCACACUUACAUCUCAAUCCAUCUUCACCGCAGCAGCAGAACCAUCACCUUCCUCAGCCUGUCCUUCUCCUCAUUCAUUUGUCUAAGUCUGUUGAAGUCUUUCGUGGUUGAAUUUCUUUAUUGUGUUAAAUGUAAGAUUACUUAAGGGCUACAUUAAAUCGUUGUUACUGUGUGGUCAUUUAUUAGCUCUGCCUUUCACAGGUUUGAAUAAAUGUUUUGUUUUGAGGGGGAUUUAUUCUUAUUGUAUGCAUAUAAACUAAUGAUAUUUUUAUUAAAAUCCUUUGUAAUGUU